CUGCUAUGCAAGCUCCUCCCCUUAAAAAAAAAGCAAAGACACUUCACAAAGAAGAAACAAAACUCAUCUCUUCACGCUUCCACACUCGUUUUCUCGUUUUCUCGUUUAUCAUUAGUUCCCUCUCUUAAGAAUUUUAAGACAAGUUAGAGAAGUAGUUUAACUUCAGGUUUUCUGUCUCUGAGACCACAUUUUUUUUUUCUUCCACUUUUUUGAAAUCACAUUCAUUUUUUUCUUUAUUUAUCGCCAUUUUUUAUGUAAAACUGUUGCAAAAGCGUGUUCUUCAGAGCAGGGAGAUGGUGAGAGACACACUGCUUCUGUUGUGUCUGCUAGUUUCCACUUGUCUCUUCACUUCUUCAUCUGCCCAAUCUCCAGGUUUUGUGAGCUUGGACUGUGGAGGCGCAGAGCCAUUCACCGACGAACUCGGACUCAAAUGGUCACCAGACACUCACCUCCUCUUCGGCACAACCGCUACAAUCUCUUCCCUUAACCAAACCAAAACACAGUACACAACUCUAAGACACUUCCCCGCCGAAGAUUCAAGAAAAUACUGCUACACACUCAACGUCACAAGCCGUAACCGUUACCUCAUCAGAGCCACUUUCCUCUACGGCAACUUCGACAACAACAACGUGUACCCCAAGUUCGACAUCUCCCUCGGAGCCACUCACUGGACCACCGUCGUCAUCUCAGACGCCAACCUCAUCGAAAAGGCAGAGCUCGUGUUCCUCGCUUUAGCUCCUAGCGUUAGCGUUUGUCUGUCAAACGCCACUACAGGACAGCCGUUUAUCUCAACACUCGAGCUCAGACAGCUAAACGGCUCAAUGUACUUAACCGAGUACGAAGACAGGUUCCAUCUAAGCGUGGCUGCUCGGAUUAACUUCGGCGCAGAGACUGAAGAUCCUGUACGGUAUCCAGACGAUCCCUACGAUAGAAUAUGGGAGUCUGAUCUUGUCAAAAGAGCUAACUAUCUCGUCGACGUGGCUGCUGGGACCAAGCGUGUGUCCACCGCACUGGCUAUUGAAGCAGGUGGCAACGAUAGACCGCCGGAGAAGGUUAUGCAGACGGCCGUGGUGGGGACCAACGGGUCUUUAACUUACAGGAUGAACCUCGAGGGGUUCCCUGGCUACGGCUGGGCGUUCACUUACUUCGCUGAGAUUGAGGAUUUGGCUGAUGACAAGUCGAGGAAGUUCAGGUUGGUUCUGCCUGACCAGCCUGACUAUAGCAAAGCGAUUGUUAACAUAAGGGAGAACACUCAGAGAGCGUUCAAGGUUUAUGAGCCUGGGUACUAUAACAUAACCCUUCCUUACGUGCUCAACUUUCGGUUCGCGAAGACGGCUGAUUCAUCUAGAGGGCCUAUUCUGAAUGCUAUGGAGAUUUGUAAGUAUCUGGAGAAGACGGAUGGUUCAGUAGAUGCAACUGUUAUGGCUAAUGUGGCGUCUCUGUAUUCUUCAACCGAAUGGGGUCAGGAAGGUGGUGAUCCAUGUUUACCUUCACCGUGGUCGUGGGUGGUAUGUAACUCGGAUCCGCAACCAAGAGUUGUUGCCGUAAAGCUGUCGAAUAAGAACAUGACAGGAGAGAUACCAUCUGACUUGACAAAGUUAACUGGUUUGGUUGAGUUGUGGCUUGAUGGGAACUCUCUAACGGGUCAAAUACCAGAUUUCUCUCGGUGCACAAACCUGAAGAUAAUACACCUCGAGAACAACCGACUAAUCGGAAAGAUCCCUUCCCCGUUGGCUAAACUACCAAAUCUGACGGAAGUGUACCUGCAGAACAAUAUGUUAAGUGGGACAAUACCAUCACGCCUCAAAAACGUGUACUCGAACGUAACUGGUAACCUUAACCUUAAAGAACGUGGAGAUAAAGGGAAGAAGCUAGGUGUCAUCAUUGGUGCAUCAUUUGGUGCUUGUGUUCUUCUUAUCGCCACAAUCUUUUCUUGCAUCUGGUUGUGCAAAGCUAACAAGAACAGCAAGAGGAAAACUUCGGCCGAGUUAACGAACCGUCCCUUGCAUGUUCAAAGAGCAUCAUCUACCCUGAGUGAUGCACACGGAGACGCUGCACAGUGCUUCACACUAUAUGAGAUAGAGGAAGCCACAAAGAAGUUUGAGAAGAGGAUUGGUUCGGGAGGUUUUGGGAUUGUGUACUACGGGAAAACACGAGAGGGGAAGGAGAUUGCUGUUAAAGUUCUUGGUAAUAACUCUUUCCAGGGAAAGAAAGAGUUCGCAAACGAGGUUACAUUACUGUCAAGGAUACAUCAUAGAAACCUAGUGCAGUUUCUUGGUUAUUGCGAAGAAGAGGGAAGAAACAUGCUUGUGUAUGAGUUCAUGCACAACGGGACUUUGAAGGAGCAUCUCUACAGUGUGGUACCACGAGAGAGGAGAAUCGGUUGGAUUAAACGGCUUGAGAUAGCUGAAGAUGCAGCCAGAGGGAUUGAGUAUCUACACACAGGGUGUGUACCAGCGAUCAUACACAGAGAUCUCAAGACAAGUAACAUCUUACUAGAUAAACACAAUAGGGCAAAGGUUUCAGACUUCGGUUUGUCCAAGUUCGCAGUUGAUGGAGCCUCACAUGUCUCCAGCAUUGUCCGUGGCACAGUUGGAUAUCUAGACCCUGAGUACUAUAUAUCGCAACAGUUAACGGAGAAGAGUGACGUAUACAGCUUUGGAGUCAUUCUUCUUGAGCUUAUAUCAGGCCAAGAAGCCAUUUCUAAUGAAAACUUCGGAGCCAACUGCAGAAACAUAGUCCAAUGGGCCAAGAUGCAUAUAGAGAACGGGGACAUCAGAGGGAUCAUUGAUCCAGCACUAGCUGAAGAUGAUUACAGUCUCCAGUCAAUGUGGAAGAUAGCAGAGAAGGCGUUGCUCUGUGUGAGACCUCACGGGAACAUGAGACCCUCCAUGUCUGAGGUGCAGAAAGAUAUUCAAGACGCUAUAAGGAUUGAGAAGGAAGCUUUGGCCGCCAGAGGAGGCUUAUCAGAUGAGUUUUCUAGGAGCUCGGCGCAUUCGUCGUCUCUCAACAUGGGAAUGCAUGACUUGGCUGGUUCGCAGAACUUUGUGGCUAUUGAUGAGUCUGUGUUGCAGCCAAAAGCUAGGUAGUUGCAGGAUUCAGCUUUUGUACAGAUGCAUCACUUUCACUCAUGUUUUACUUUAACCUUUGACUGGCUUUUCUAUACUAUUAUUCUGUUUAGGCA